CGAAAAGGCCUAAAACAAAGUUAUCAAGUCCAAUAGCUUUAAAACGACAGCGUUUUCACUUGAGCGUUUCUGUGUUAGUCUGAUGUCGUUGAGCUCAGCUCAUUGAUCAUCGUGCAGAAGCUUGGUCCUCGACUCCUGGCUCUUGGAGAAGAAGAUGGUGCGGAAACAGUUUCAACAGGCUAAAACGGGAGUAGAGGCAUUGAAGGCAAUGGAUGCAAACAAGUACCUGAAGAAGGUUGGAUUAGGGCGUGAUGAUAUGUUCUUUUGGAAACAAGUGGGGAAAGCAUUGCUAUGCACCUACACAAUCUUCGGCAUGGCGUGGUUAUACAACGAAACGUCUCCUUUAGGGUGGUGGACGCUGAAGCCGAGACCAAAGGAGGAGAGAGAGUUGGCUCAUUUGUAUGAACGGCGUGAGUUUCCUUAUCCAGGUGAUACAGAGGCCAUGGAGGAUUUUGUUGCAAAGGGAGGGAUGAUCGGCACGGCUAUUGGGCCUAAAGGGGUUGUUGAGUCUGAAGGUGAAGGUGAUAAUUACCAGAAAGAGAUGGAGAAGAAGAAGUUUGACAAAGAGGCUCAGAAACUGUGGCUGAGGAUGAGGAAUGAGGUUAUGACUGAGCUUCAAGAGAAAGGGUAUGAUCUUGAGUAAGGUACACAAAGAGUUGUGAUACAAUAAAUUUGUGUAAAUUAGGCUGUGUGUAGGUUGAACUAUUGGUACAAGUAUCUCUAUUAGAGGAAAGUACAAAACUUUAUAUGGCUCAUCUGUGUUCUACGGUGCCAUUGAUGUUUUAACUCUUGGGAAGUAGCUGUUGUCGGCUUGAUUCAUCUUUUUGGCGUAUACCCUCUGGAAUAUAACUUGAUGCUUUAUGCACUCGUAUUCAAUACCAUGAGAUUGAAACUA